AUGCAAAAGCCUGAUGAGCCCUCGUCAGAGGACUCCCUGUUCCAUCGCUCUGCAUUUCUCCUGCCAUUCUCAAGCCCUGCCAAUUGUCACGGUGAUCAUAAUUACCCCUCAGGGCAGUUCUUCCACGAGAGAUCGGCGAUGGGAAAGAGGAAAAGGAAGCUGAGUGAAUAUCAAGUGAGGACAUUGGAGGGGAGCUUCGAGGUGGGGAACAGACUAGAGCCGGAGAGGAAGAUACAGUUGGCAAGAGCCCUGGGGCUGAAGCGACGGCAGGUGGCGAUAUGGUUUCAGAAUAGGAAGGCUCGUUCGAAGACGAAGAAGCUAGAGAGAGACUACGACGAGCUCCGGCGGCGGCUAGAGGAAGUCAGGGUUGAGAACGAGAUCAUCAGGAGGCUAAAUGAGAAGCUAGAAGCCGAGGUAUAACGGACUCUUUCUCUCUCCAUGUAUAUAAUCUCUUCCUACAUCCCUAUCUCACUUGUACAGCUCUCUAUCAUACUCAAAGUCGCUCCCUAUGUAAUCACUUCGAUGAACAUCUUAUUUUUUCCAGGGUCUGAGGGUAACGCUGAGUAUUUUUGAGAUUUAUUUCUUUGAUCAUCAGAUCAGAUCUCGGAAUAAGAUUUUGCAUACGAUUGAGCUGAAGACAAUUAGUAUCUUACGUCUCUCUCUCUCUUUAUCUCUGUCAGAUAUUUCUUCAUGUGAUCACUUGGGACAGGAUCCCACAGAAAGGGGAAAAAACCGUGCUCAUUGUUAAUGCUUGAGACAGUCGAGAUUUACUUGGAGUGAACCAUUUCCGAAUCUCUCACAUCUUUCCUCGUCUCUCUUCCCGAACAGCAUUUCUGUGGAUAACUGAAAAAGGUAGAUCACUGUCAUUUUGAAAUGAGAGAUGCAUAGAACCGCCCAUAGUUCUCUCUUCUGCAAAUAUAUGUUUUUUGUGAUGCAGUGGACCUCAUAAAUCUUCCUAGUCUUCCCUUCAUGAUGAAAUCGACUCUAGUUCUCCAGACGAUCUAGCCAUCUCGACUUGCUUAACGUUUUUCCGUGAUACGAUAGUUGUACUGCCAUCAAGAUGCUUUCUCCUCUCCUCUCUCUCUAUCUCACUCUCUCUCGUUCAUUCAUAAAUUUCUCUUUUUUUCUCACGUAAUCUUGAUUGCCUUCCUGGUUGAUCGACUUAAUACCGCGUUCUUCUACUCGAAUUUUCUGACUCGGCUCUUGUCGUCCACCCAGGCAGUGGCGAUAAGAGGGAUCCUGCGAUCAGACACCAUAAACAACCUCAAAAAGGACAGCGAGAGACCCUCCGGCAUCAAUAGCUCCGAUUCUUACGCGGACAUCAACAAAAGCCUAAGUGCCGACUGGUCACUCUUUAGGAAUUCACAAGCGCACAGCAGGAAGACGGAAGAAGACGUCCAGGAUGAAAGUUUCUCCAAUUUAUUUUGCGGCAUCGAUGACCAGACUGGCCUCUGGACUUGGCCGGAGCAGCUAAGCUUCUAUUUAUCGUAA